CUAAAAUUUUACUUCUUUUGGACUCUUCAGCUUCCUGUAAAUGACGAGCUAAUGUGGGACAAUGGAACUGCAUUUCCAGAACCUAGUAUCGACCGAAUCGCUGAUACUGUCGGAAAGUAUGAGGCAUUAGCUUGGAUGUGUGGAGGUUUGAGCAUCUUUGCAUCUUUGGGAUUAUUGGCUUGGUGGAAUGAUAAGGCCUCUAAGAUUCCAUUCGCACCGAAGGUAUAUCCAUAUGACAACCUGCGGGUGGAGCUUGGUGGAGAACCAUAAGUAGAUCCCCAUGCAAGUUAUAUUAAGUUGUUUCACUUGUGUCCUCUGCUCUUUAUUUGUUUACUUUUGGAACUUAAAUAAUGGGUUCUUAGGGUUUGUUGCGUAAACAAAUAUUUUGAAAUUUGAACAAAUA